AUGGGCUCCACGGCAACCGGCGUCAAUGCGUCCUUCACGGCGGCCCCAGAGCGGGCCACCUUUGACGGCUUCCUGUUCGACAUGGAUGGCACCAUCAUCGAUUCGACGCCGGCAAUCGAGAAGCAUUGGCACAGCAUCGGCCAGGACAUUGGUGUUUCUGCCAACGUCAUCCUCCAAACCUCGCAUGGUCGCCGCAGCAUCGACGUCCUGAAGAUUCUUGCCCCUGAAAAAGCAAACUGGGACUACGUGCGUGAAGCGGAGGGCCGUCUGCCCAAGCUAUACGCCCAUGAGGCCAUUGAAGUUCCUGGCGCGAGAACCCUCCUCGAAGAGCUGAACAGGGACAGCGCCCCUUGGACCAUCGUCACCUCGGGCACCGAGCCCCUCGUCACAGGCUGGCUCGGCGUCAUGGCCCUGCCGCACCCCGACCAGAUGGUCACCGCAGAGUCCGUCGAGAACGGAAAGCCGGACCCCGCCUGCUAUCUCCUGGGCAGGCAGAGACUGGGGCUCGAGGGCGAUGCCAAGCGCGUUCUUGUGCUCGAGGACGCGCCCGCUGGCAUCAGGGCAGGCAAGGCCGCUGGCUGCAAGGUCAUCGGUCUCGUAACGAGCCACACUGUCGAUCAGGUCGCCGCCGCCGAGCCAGACUGGAUCGUUAGAGACCUGUCCUCGGUCAAGGUGGUUGAGAGCAAAGACGGCGUCGUCACUCUGGAGAUAUCCAACGGACUUGUGCAGUAA